UUAUUGUAAAUCUUUAUCAGCUGAUCGUACCGUAUGUAUAGAGGUCUACAUGUUGUGCAUGUUUCGUGAAAAUUACUCGUGCAAUCACCAUGUUCUGGAGCACUUAAGCUUUAAUUGACAUUUUAUUAAUUUUGCUGACUGUUUAUCCCUUUUUAAUUUACUGUUCGCUCUACUUGGAUCAUGGUUAUCAAUGAAAAUUUGACACCGGCAGCCGGUACGCCGGUAUGGAAAGACUUGGCGUUACCCAUCGAGACACUACCAAACCUCAGGCGGGUGGACUCCCGAGGCAGGUUGUACCGAUCUUCGAGGCAAGACUUGCUAAGCCGUGCAGACACUGAGAGGCUCAAUGAUCUAGGAAUUCGAUCUGUUCUUGACUUUCGCUCGAAGUCUGAGUAUAAAGCUGCAAGCGGAGAUAAAAUUUUCGAUCAGAAUUCCUCCAUUUUAGAAGUAAUCAUUCCAAAGGGGCAGAGUUCUGCAAAAGGAAUUUGUGAUGUUUCCACAAAGCCAGUGAAAAUGAAGUAUCUGAAAGCUAUCAAAAAUAAGGAGGCUCCAACUUUGGAUGGGUGCAAUUCGACACACCAUAGUGCAAUAACCAGGAAGAGGUUCCUUCUGGAUUUUUUCAAGUUUCACUUUGUUUGGACUGUUUUCAACAGAAUUCCGCUUUACAAAAGAUUAUUUUCCCUCGUCUACCUCAUUGUUGAUAUUCUCUUCCGAACCCACUUCCGAUACUUCAUCCGUUACUUCGCCAAAGAGACCCUCAAUCCUGCAGGUCUGCUGUCCACUUACAUUGAUAUGAUAGAGCUCAGUGGGGCACAGAUAUGUUUAGCACUUCGUAUUCUGUCUGAUCCAGCCAAUCUACCAGCCAUGGUUAAUUGCGCCCAUGGUAAAGACCGAACAGGGAUUGUGAUUGCUAUGGUUCUUUCACUCUUGGGCAAAUCAGAUGAUUACAUCGCGGAAGAAUACGCUCUCUCUGAAAUUGGAUUGGAUCCCAUUAGGUCUAGGGUACAUCAAGAGAUCGUAGAGCGGACCAACAUGGACGAGUCGUUCACACACGCUAAAAGAGAAACCAUGGAUGGUUUACUGCAGUACAUACAUAAAACAUACAGCACUGUUCCUAACUAUCUGGAAUCCAUCGGCUUUGGAAGAGAAGAUCAAGAGAAGUUACUUCAAUCUCUUCGAGACUGAUUCCAUAAUAAUCUGCUCAGGGUUAUGAACAGGCCUGGAUAUGUUUUAAAUAAUUCCAUAUUAUCAUCAUGUUUUAGUAUGUAUGAUUAAAUGUGAUUUUGAGUACAUUUCUUGGGGGGGGGGGGUGGAUGUUGUUCAGAGUAACCUCGAAACGAGGUUGAUGAAAUCUUGUCACGUUUCAAUUGAAAGUAUUAGUGUUGUUUCUAGUGAUUGAUGAGUUUCCUGUAAUGUAACACAUAGAUCCUCUUCAUGAUAUGAUUGAUGAGGAUGUGAACAAUUUGCAGAAUAUCGGUACAUCUUUAUUGUUUAAACCCAUCUCUAUAGAGUACCAAAGUGUGAAGUUGUUAAGGUUACUGGUUCCAAAAAAUUUUGUGCUAAACAAUUAAUUUUGCCCUGCUCCAGACCGUUGCUUACGAUGAGUAAAAUAUGACGUUGGCACGUCGGUACUCUAUUGCAAGGCUCAACAGGUGCACAUACAUGUAUGCUCCCACCAAUACUAGGUUACCGGUACAUACACGUAAGCUAAGACUAACAGGACUAACAGGUACAUACACGUAAGCUAAGACUAACAGGACUAACAGGUACAUACACGUAAGCUAAGACUAACAGGACUAACAGGUACAUACACGUAAGCUAAGACUAACAGGUGCACAUAGGCUCUCAAUUUCUAAGUACAUGUACCUACAUGUAUUGCCAGACUUUGAAAAUUGUGAUAAUAGUAGGCCAAUACAUACAGACCCGACAAAUUGCAAUCCUAGGGCUAGUGUGGGAUCCUAUCAAUUUUAUGGUCAGUCACUGAGUGCAGAUCAUCAGCCAAGAGCCAUAUUUUGUUCUCGGGUUACAUUUACAUGGUGCUAGGUCAAAUGCUCAUCGCUGAAAACUCCUUCAUUUUCGAGGCUUAAUAUCAUAAUAUGUGGAAGGCAAAAUUCCUUAAUAUUCCAGCAAAGAAUGAAAAUAUAUUACAUAAUGGCACAGUUUUAAAAGGAAAGCUCUGUUUUUGUAAAUUCCUUUGUUACUGUGAAACUAACUGGUUUGUAAAGAAUGAAAAGUAAUCAUGAUAUAAAUAUUGCAGCAGACGCAGUUGCUCCGCGGUCAGGAUGUGAUGAGCUAGGCUGUGGCUCCGUUUGGUUGCAAUCUACGCAAUCAAAUUUCAUAAUCAAUCAUCCCACUUCCGCUCAAAAGCAGCGGAAUAAACCUGUUUUCGUAUAUUUGUUACUUUACUUACAUGUACAGUUAUCACAAAGUGUUAUUUUGAGAAAUAGUCAAACCAUGUACAUGUACAUUUUUGAAGUAUAAUUAGAUGAUACCAAA